CUCCAUAUUACCUAUAGUUCUGUUUACGUCAAUUUUAUGCGCUCGGCUGCCAUUUUUGCGUAGCCUAGUGCUUAUUAGCCAUUCCAUGGGCUCGGUCUCCGUGGUAAUGUCUGGAUGUUGUGACGUAGUAAUUGGGAGACGCUGUUGUCUUUAGUUGUGUGUGUAUACUGAGAGCUAGCGUUUUUGUUUUGGCUAUGUCGGGCCCCAGGCAGUGCCCUGACUGUGGCUCCUGUGAUGUUGUGGAGGAUGCUCACUACUCCCAGGACCAGCUGGUGUGCACUGCCUGCGGCUUUAUAUUGACAGAGGGACUGCUGACAACAACCCAGGCAGAGGAGGGCUUUCAGCAAGGUGUGUAUACUGUAUUAUAAUCCCACAUAGCGUGUAUCCUGUAACUCUCAUAGUGCUAUGCUAUCACAGUGUGGUGUUUGUUUUGAUUAAAACAAGGUUUAUUGAAUAAUUAUUUUGUUUCAAGGCAUAAAGGUAAAGCAUUCUGAUUAAAGUUGCUCUGCCACUUUAUAAAAAAAAAACACACAACUAAAUAUAUUUAGUCCCAAAUCUCCCCACUGAUUUAAGUGCACCUAUAUACAUUACAUUGCAUUAUACAUUUUAGAACAGGUUUGUUUUUUUUGCUUUGUUUGUUUUUUCUUUUCUUUCUGAUAACGUAUAUCUAUACCUGAUGCAACCUUAAGUAUGAUUUAAAUGUUUUUUUUUAAAUGGCGAAAAGAUUCAUAGUUUUGCUUUUAAUACUAUACAAGUGCAACUAAAGAAAAAUACAAAAUUAUUUCAAUUAUUUAUUUGCAUUUCUAAGACAACACUGGAAGGAGUCAAUUAAAGGGACUCUAUAGUCACCAAAACAACUUUAGCUUAAUGAAGCAGUUUUUGUGUACAAAUCAAGCCUCUGAAGUUAAUUCACUUUUGUUUCUGUUAGAGGGGAACUAUAGUGCCAGGAAAACAAACGCGUGUGCCUGGCACUAUAGCUUCCCCCUUUGUCAAUGCUCACCCCCGUGGUGCAGAAGGGGUUAAUAACCCCUUCUGUAACUUACCUGGGUCCAUCACCGAUGUUACUUGAUGCUGGUUCAGCUCCGCCCACGUCCGCUGGUGGGGGAGACCUAAUGCGCACAAUGGCCUCGCUCGCAUUUGGAUUUCCUCAUAGGAGAGCAUUAUUCAGUGCUUUACUGUGGGGAUUCCAGUGACGCUGGAAGUCCUCAUUCAUAGCGUGAGGACGUACUGCCUCGUUUAGGCGACCAAAAGUCGUCUUCAAGCCUGGUAGGCUGUGUAAUUCACACGCAGGGAGGUGUGACUAGGCCUGCAUGAAAAGUGUUUUAACUCCUAAAUGCCAGAAAAUUGAGCAGUAACACAGCAGGGACAUGAUCUAUACACCAAAACUGCUUCAUUGAGUGACUAUAGUGUCCAUUUAAGGUGUUAAAGCUAGACCUUUGCAAAAUUUCGUAUAAAUUGUAGCUGGAGGAAAGGGAGCUCGGACAGUUGUGCAUAUAGCAUUAGGCCACCACACACAAAACAUAAAAUUAAUACAGCCUUUAACGCUCUCAUUCUGAGCUGACUGGAAUUUAUUAUUAUUUUUUUUUUUUUUUUUAAGAAUACUGUGAAUUUUUUAAAAUAGAAAAUACUCUAUAUCCAUUAAUGCAAUUAAAAUCAACCUAAAUAUGUCUUGUUUAUUGUUUGUGUACAGCGGUGAAGUUUUCUGAGAGUACCGGAGAGCGUGAAUCAACAAGCAAGUGCAAACUUCGAGGUAAGUCCUGCUGUUCCUUUAGCCACCAUAGCAAAUUGAUUGAAAUGGUUUAACCCCAUCUUCUCCUCUUCAGCGCCAGAUCACUCUGCCCCUUCACCAUCCACUUCUUGAAAAGCAUCAAAAUGCAAACAUAGGGCUUCUGCAGGCAGGGGCCCCACUGCUUUUCUUAGCAUGGUUAGCUGAUGUGGUUCCCCAUUCACAAAACUGCUUGAGAAAUGUAUGUAUAUAUAAGUGAAAUGUAUAGCUUGCAAGUCCCGCAGCAGUAGUAUGUAUGUGUAUAUGUCUUUGUUUUGCCUGGCAACACUAACUUUAGUCUCCCAUCAUGCUAUUGGGGAACUUUGUAUUGUGUUGAUUUAAAGUAUGUGAGUACUGAACUCUGGAUAAGAAAGUUACCUCUUCAAGGUCAAGACAUUUCUUUUAGUUGAAGGGACACUAUAGGUACCUAGAACACUGCUUAUCAUUGAAGUUGUCAGUGUGCACGGUCCCCGUUCAUUUAACCCUGCACUGUAAACAAUUGCAGUUUUAGAGAAACAUAGAAUGUGACGGCAGAUAAGAACCAUUCAACCCAUCUAGUCUGCCCAAUUUUCAAAAUACUUUCAUUAGUCCCUGGCCUUAUCUCAUAGUUAGGAUAGCCUUAUGCCUAUCCCAUACAUGCUUAAAUUCCUUUACUGUGUUAACCUUUACCACUUCAGCUGGAAGGCUAUUCCAUGCAUCCACUACCCUCUCAGUAAUGUAAUAUUUCCUGAUAUUAUUUUGAAACCUUUGUCCCUCUAAUUUAAGACUAUGUCCUCUUGUUGUGGUAGUUUUUCUUCUUUUAAAUAUGGUCUCCUCCUUUACUGUGUUGAUUCCCUUUAUGUAUGUAAAUGUUUCUAUCAUAUCCCCCCUGUCUCGUCUUUCCUCCAAGCUAUACAUGUUAAGAUCCUUUAACCUUUCCUGGUAAGUUUUAUCCCGCAAUCCAUGAACCAGUUUAGUAGCCCUUCUCUGAACCCUCUCUAAGGUAUCAAUAUCCUUCUGAAGAUACGGUCUCCAGUACUGUGUACAAUACUCCAAGUGAGGUCUCACCAGUGUUCUGUACAAUGGCAUGAGCACUUCCCUCUUUCUACUGCUAAUACCUCUCCCUAUACAACCAAGCAUUCUGCUAGCAUUUCCUGCUGCUCUAUUAUAUUGUCUGCCUACCUUUAAGUCGUUAGAAAUAAUCACCCCUAAAUCCCUUUCCUCAGAUGUUGAGGUUAGGACUCUAUAAAAUAUUCUGUACUCUGCCUUUAGGUUUUUACGUCCAAGAUGCAUUAUAUUGCACUUAUCCACAUUAAAUGUCAGUUGCCACAAUUCUGACCAUUUUUCUAGUUUACCUAAAUCAUUUGCCAUUUGGCUUAUCCCUCCUGGAACAUCAACCCUGUUACAUAUCUUAGUAUCAUCAGCAAAAGACAUACCUUACCAUCAAGACCUUCUGCAAUAUCACUAAUAAAAAUAUUAAAGAGAAUGGGUCCAAGUACAGAUCCCUGAGGUACCCCACUGGUGACAAGUCCAAGCUUCGAAUAUAUUCCUUGACUACAACCCUCUUUUGCCUGUCAUUCAGCCACUGCCUUACCCAUUCAACAAUAUUGGAAUCCAAACUUAAAGCUGCAAUGUUUGCAUUGCAAUGUUAAGAAUGUCUCUGGUGGCUGUCUGUCUGGUACUUCCUGCUGUUUUACAGAGUUUGACUCCAUAAAACGCUGCUGGACAUCCUCACGCUUUGCAUGAGGACGUCCAUAUUAAUUAAAAACCCAACAGGAAAACCCCAAUCAGCACCCCUAUCAGCUGAGGUUGACGUAGGAGCAACUUGACCCAGUGCUGAGGGAUUAUGGCGCUUGAAUCAGAUAAGUAAAAAAACAAAAAGGAGGUUUUAACCCUUUACCUCACCGGAGGGGGACAGGGGGGUGCAGAGGGUUCCUAUUGUGUCUUGAAUUCAGCUUUGUAUUCCUUACAUGGUAGUUUUCCUUUAACCUCUUAUACAGAGUUCCCACUGAUUCUGGUGUAAGUAAACUCUGGAAAUUGUUUAGAAGUUUCAAAAACCUGUAAAAUAACUUUGAAUGGGAAAAAAGAGCCAGUGGGCUGGGAACCUACUUGCAGCAUAACCACUAUAUAAUGGAGUAUUGGCUAUGGUGCCUAGUGUCUCUGUAUCGUGAAAAAUGUGUUACUAAUGCUUUAAGAAUUAGCUGUGCAAAGUGUGACAGAUUACUCAGUUUCCAUGUUUUCGGCUUUGCUCCACAGGCAUAAAGCGAGUAAGGGAUGUUUGCAGAGUUCUGAGACUGCCAGACAGCUUUACAGACACUGCAGUUUCUUACUAUGAACAGGCCUUCAACCAUCCCACCUAUCACUUUAUCACUACGCAGAAAAAGGAAGCCGUGAUGGGAUGUUGCGUGUACAUUACUUGCAGACAGCACCAGUGGCCUCUUACCAUGGCAACCAUUUGCUCUUUGCUAUACACCAAGAAAGAAAUAUUUGCAAGCAUUUACCCUGAUGUUGUUCAAACACUGAAACUGAAUGUACCAUUGCUCAGCCUCUGUGAUCUUGUGAAAAGUCAUUGCACAAGGUAUAGUGUUUCUUUCAUUUAGUAUUGUGGGAAAUAUAUAUGUAUAUUAAAGGGACACUAUAGUCACCAGAACAACUACAGCUUAAUGGUGUAUUGUCAGUCCAUGCAGGCUUUUUGCAGUAAACAGUCUUUUCAGAGAAAAGGCAGGGUUCACCAUACAGGAUAUGGAAAAACUGGUGAGUAUAAGUGCUCGAUCUCUAUAAUUGGCAGCAAAUCACCAACAAAGGGUUCUCUCCACCCUGUGAAGUGAAUAGUAAAGAUAACAGACAGGAGGUGGGUUCACCAUACAGCCUAGGGACACCUCUACUGGCUACUCCUCAUUUGGCUACUAGUGGUACUUCCUGGGUAGUGCUGCACUCCACCCUCUACAUGGAGAUACUGAACUUUCCUCAUAGAGAUGCAUUGAUUCUCUAUGAGGAGAUGCUGAUUGGCCAGGGUGGCGUUUGACUCAGUCUCCUUUACUGAGAUCACCAGAAUUGACAACCUCAUCCGAUCCAAUGCUUUCCUAUGGGAAAUUAUUGGGAUUGGCUGAGGUCAUUACUUCGGGCUAGAUACAUGUUUGUGUUCCUGACCCUAUAGUGUUCCUUUGAUGAUUAGUCUCUAAUUCAUUAUUUUUUUACUUAUGUAGUAAGCAGGUAGUUGGGAAAAAGAGUAUUUACAUUAAUAGACCAUUUUCUUUUUUCUCUCAGACUUUGGGCACUACAGAUAGCAAAGAAGUUUCCUUUUCAUAUUUGUACAUAUAAAGCACAAUUAUUUUUAGAAAAAUGUUAGAAUGAAUAUAAUUUAAAAUUAGAAGUUGUUCAACAUUUUUCACAAACUUAAAAUUGUAAUGAAAAUAUAGGACAUCAAACCCAGCGCUACUCUUUUUAUAAUAUCAAUGACAAAAAAGCUUGGAAUAUUAUAAGCUGUAUUUACCAUGCAUAUAUCUGUAAUAAGUUAAUUACAAGGUCAGAAAUCAGGCAGUAUUCUUUGCUGGACUCUUGCUUAAAGGACUUCUAUAGGCACCCAGACCACUUCAGUUCAAUUAAGUGGUCUGGGUGCAAGGUCCAUCUAGUGUUAAUUCAAACAAAGACGUUGUGUGUAAACAUUUUUCCAAAUAGGAAAAGAUGACACACAGAGGUCUGAGAUGGUGGUACCAGCUCCACCAAAAGGGCAUAACCAGAUAUUUGUUAAGAAAAAGACCAUAAACAAAUUAUUAGAGUCUCUACUAAAUGUGAGACUCCAAAUCUGGUUUUGAUACACAAGUUAAAGAAGGUAAGUAUAAUACAAGUAGUGACUCCUGAAAAGAAGCUCGGAAUAUAGCCCAAAUCGUCAUUACAUAUAGCUCCAAGAAGUGCCAACAGCAGAAAAUAAUAAAUUCUUUAUUAGUAUAUAUCAAAAUGAAAGGCACUAUACAUGGAGGACGAUAAGCUUGAUGGCCAGGGGUAUAUAAAUCAUCUGGAGGUCUCAAUAAUGCAAUGCAGGCCUUUCAACUACCACAUAUGUCCAGGUUAGUGGACACUAAACUCACUCUAAGGAGAGCCAGAUAAGGAGAACAUUCCAAAAAAUGAUUGGUAAACUAAUUCAGCUCAUCCAAAAGUAAACUAAUCAACUAACCAAUGGAAGGGUCUGUAAGUCAUACACACUAGCUAGCUAUUAAAGAUAGCCGGGACAGCAAUCCUUGAAAAAUUGGAGACUGUAUCUAGAAUCUAACACUAGGUAAAUAGACUUAUUAAGGGCUCUGCCAAGACUUAUAACUAAUGAAAUCCUCAAUAGUCAACAACUCACAUAGAAUAUAGCAGAGAAGCUAAACAGAAAAGAGGAUGCUGGACUCUUCAAGCCUAUGGCUCCCAAAAGCAGACAUUUUCAGUCUUCUAUAAUUUCUUUACUGUUAGACCCUAUGACUCCUACGUAAACACCUUCAAGGGUGUUCUAUGCUGUCCCUAAGUAUGACACUAGAAAAUCGUAAAUUGACCCCAUUAAAGCCUUCAAGUCUAUAAAGAAAAGAAAAAUCUGAGCUGUAAAUAAAAUAAAGUAAAAGUGUAUAUUAAACUCCUCGUGCUCCCAUAGUGAUUAGAAAAGCUAAACAAAAAAAGAACCCGACGCGUGUUUCGGUGCGUGUGAUUGCACCUUCGUCAGGGGCUAAGAGUACCUCGGUUUCAAUGGUAAGUAUAUAAAGCCAUCCUUACCCAAUCGGCAUCAUCUUUUAAUCGCCCAAGUGACAAUCUACAGAUGUGUGGGUAGGCGUGACAAAAAAUGGAAAGCCGGCAAAUCUAAAGUGAGGAGGAGAUAGCUCCUCCCCCUUCUGCAGCAUCACUAAUGCCGACACUUCUGUCACCAGACAAAGGCUCCUCCCCCUUUUCGCAUCGUCACUCACCACGGGGGGGGGAGGUCAGAGGUGGGCAGGGAUGUCCCAUCCUGAGGCUAAGCCCUCCCAUUAGGGAUGGGAACUAGUCCGUUGCUUUGACUGCCCCAAGGGGUAGGGGAGGGAGUCUGGGAAGGAUGAACUAUCCCACAAUAUAGUAAACGCUCGUCCCAUCUAAAAGAAUGUAAAUACGCGUAUGAUAUAAUGAAUCAUAAAUUUUAAGUCAGAUGUUAACUAUAUGGCAAUAAUCAACGUCUUACUAAUGUUGCAUGAAUGAAUCUUGCAAUCUAUGACCGAGACUUUAGUCAAAAUGCAGCAUCAAAAAGAUACAUAUUGCCUAAGGGAUGUUAUCAGAACAUAUCCUAAUCAUUCACAAUUCCUGGGUAGUCAGAUGCUGAAAAAAUGCAGGUACUCUGUAUAUAUCUAAUCCUGCAUAUAUAAAUCUUGCAAACUAUAGCAAGAGAGGAAAACGAUAUCUAGAGGGGUACAUCACAUUGAAUAGGACAGAUGCAAAGACAAACUGAAGUAAGUGCCUAGAAGCCUCAGAAUUAGAGCCUAAUGGUCAACUGGGUAGGGGUAGGCUUGAUAUAUAUAAAUAAUUCAUCUCCAGUAUUAUGACCAUCUAUGUAACGGUCACAGUAUAAUAUGAAAAUGGUAAAUAAGUCCCAUAAAGUUAAUACAAAUCUUGAAACCUUCCAUGUCUCUUUUAGAGAAAAAUAUUAUUUCACAAAAGGAGGGAAAUAAAGAAAAAGGGGUAAAAUACUAUUUCAUGGGUCACAAUAAUUACUGGAAAUCCCACUAAACUUGUGGUUAGUAUUAUAAAUGUAAUUUUUAGAGAUCACCGAUGAAAGGAGAGUAGGUAAAUCCUUCAUUCAAUCCUAUCGGUGACAAAGUAUUAAGGCGGUAUAUCCAGAAACACUUUUCUCCUCAGAAGUUUGUCCAGAUUUCCUUUCCUUUGGUCAAGUUUGACCAGUUCAAUAUCCAAGAAUUUGAGUACCGAGUGGUCAUUUUGAUGAAAAUUUUUGACAUGUCUGGAUACUGAGGUUUCUAUAUGUCUGAUGGAUUUAAUAGAGUUUAUAUGUUCUAAGAUCCGUCUUUUAAAGGGCCUGAAUGUCUUACCUACGUACAUCUUAUUGCAUUGGCAUACUAUUAAAUAGACUAAGCCUUUAGUGUUGCAGUUAAAGAAAGAGUUUGGAUAAAAAGUAUCACUCCGUAGGCUAUUUUGGAAACUUUUUGAGUCUUUGCAAAUGUAAUUACACGUUUUGCAGCGACCACACUUAUAAGUCCCCAAAAGUUUAUUUGAUAGCCAAUGUGUAGAAAUUGUUGACGAUCGUUUGAAAUGGCUAUGUACUAAGACAUCUUUGAUAUUUUUUCCCCUUCGUGCCACUAAAGCUGCAUGUGGGGAAAUCACCUCUUUAAGAUGUUCAUCCUGUCUAAGCAGAGGCCAAUAUCUAUUCAAGAUGGUCUUGACUUGUUCCCAACCUGCAUCGUAAGUAGCAAUGCAUCUCAAUUGUCAAAAUUGGUCUGGUUUUUAGGGAGCGGAUCUUCCUUGAUAAGACCCCCUCGGUCAGUGAAUAGAGCUCUAUGGUAUGCCCUUUUUAGACAUUUAUCUAAGGGGUAUCCCUUGGCUCUAAACAUUGAGCGUAAUUCAUUGGCUCUUGUCUUAAAAUCUUCUAUGUCGGAGCAAUUUCGCCUAAGGCGCAAAUAUAGUCCAAUUGGUAUUCCUCUUUUUAGAGGGAUUGGAUGGUGACUCCUUCAAUUCAGUAGGCUAUUGGUAGCCAUACUUUUCCUGAAGAGGUCAAUUUUAAUAGUACCAUUGGCCUCUGGAGUUAGGGUAAGGUCAAGGAAACUGAGAUGGUUGCCCUAUUUCGGACGUAAAUCUUAAAUUGAGGUCAUUGUUGUUGAGUUGCUUUACGAAAAGGGAGAAGUCUUUGGAGGUGCUACUCCAGACAAUCACAAUGUCAUCGAUAUACCUCUUCCAAGAGAGGAUAUAUCGAAUAAUUUCAUUGGAGUGGUCUGCAAACACUAUUUUCUCUUCCCAGGUUGGCAUAUGAGGGCGCGCAAGACGUCCCCAUAGCCGUACCCUGCACCUGGUGGUAGUAUGUGCCAUCAAAGAUAAAAAAAAAUGUGUGUUAACACAAAAUGUAGCAAUUCAAUGACAAAAUCACUGUGUUGAUGAAGCUGUGUGCCCUUCAGUUGUAAGAAAUAGCGUGUAUGUUCAAGCCCUAGGGUAUGGGGGAUCGAGCUGUAAAGCGCCUCCACAUCCAGACUGCAGAGAAUAGAAUUUGUGGACAUAGUUAAUGUAUUUAGAUGUGAUAGGGUUUGUUUGGUGUCUCUUAAAAAGAGGGAAGGUUAGCCACCAAAGGUCUUAAAAUAUGAUCUAAAUAUACACUAACAUUUUGUGUCAGGCUGUUAUUACCCGAUACUAUAGGCCUAACCGAUAAUUCUUGAUGAUUUUUUUUUAAUGAAUUUUGGGUAGGCUAUAAAAGGUAGGGGUACAUGGAUUUACAAUAAGCAUGAAAUCAUAUUCUUGCUUUGAUAUCAACUUAUCCAUUAAACCCUAAAAUAUAUUUCAAUUUUUCUAAAUAUACUUUUGUCGGGUCUGAUUUUAAGAAUUUUGUAUGUUGUGAUAUCGGUAAGAAUUUUCUUGGUAAUUGAGACAUAAUGAGUAGUAUCGAGAACCACAGUAUUUCCCACUUUAUCAGAAGGUUUAAUUGUUAUCUCGUUUCUUGCUUGUAAAUUUUUAAGAGCCUGUACCUCUUUAAAUUAUAAAUUGGAGUUAGGUUUAAAGGUAAGUUUAGGAAUGGACCGAUGAUUUAUUUCUUUGCACACCAUUUCUACAAACGUUUCUACGUACUUAGAAUCUCCCAGUCUUUGGCAAUAUUCGCUCUUUCGUUUAAGUUCUGUAAGUGGACUUUGUUCCUUUUCAGAGGGGUCACUUUCUUCUAACAAUUCUGCUAACAUUAAGGUAAGCUGGUAGUCUUUAAGUUCCAACCCCAAUGCUUUGGCCUUUUUCUCAUUGUUUAAAACGUAAGUUUUAUGAAGUAUGAGUUUCCGGACAAAUAAGUGGAUGUCCUUUACCCAGUUAAAUUUAUCAAACCGUGGAACUGGAAUAAAGGACAAACCUUUUCUCAGCAACUCUAACUCUACAUGGGUCAAGAUAUGUUGUGAUAAAUUCACAACUUGAUCUUUCUCUAAUAUCGAUGUCUCCGAUUGGACUUCCUCCUGGGUCUUGGUCUCAACAAGGGGUGUUCCCCGCCCUGUCUCAUUUCUAAAAAAGUAACUCCUUUCUUAAGGAUGCUUCUAUUUUGUUUGUUUUGAGGUUGAAGGGAUAGGCUGGGAAUCAGUGUCAGACCCAUUAGUUUCAUAUUCGGAGGUGGACACCUGAUCCCUAUCUACCCUUUUUCUCCUUUGAAACUUCCUGUAGACAUUGCCAGUUUUAAAAUCUCUUUGAUUACUGUCACUGCUAUCUUUAAUAGCUAGUGUGUAUGACUUACAGACCUUUCCAUUGGUUAGUUGAAUAGUUUACUUUUGGAUGAGCUGAAUUAGUUUACCAAUCAUUUUUUGGAAUUUUCUCAUUAUCUGGCUCUCCUUAGAGUGAGUUUAGUGUCCACUAACCUGGACAUAUGUAGUAGUUGAAAGGCCUGAAUUGCAUUAUUGAGACCUCCAGAUGAUUUAUAUACCCCUGGCCAUCAAGCUUAUUGUCCUCCAUGUAUAGUGCCUUUCAUUUUUAUAUAUACUAAUAAAGAAUUUAUUAUUUUCUGCUGUUAUACUUACCUUCUUUAACUUGUGUAUCAAAACCAGGUUUGGAGUCUCACAUUUAGUAGAGACUCUAAUAAUUUGUUUGUCUCCAUCUAGUUUUAACCCUGCAGCUGUAAACAUAGCAGUUUCAGAGAAACUAUGUUUACACUAGGGUUAAUUCCGCCUUUAGUGGCUGUCUCCCUGACAGCCGCUAGAGGAGCUUCCAAGCUUCUCAUUGUGAAAAUCACAGUGAGAAGACGCUGAACAUCCAUAGGAAAGCAUUAAGAAAGGCUUUCCUAUGGACUGUUCGAAUGCGUGUGUGGCUCUUGCCGCGAAUGCGCAUUCUGCGCUGACGUCGGCAGGAGGAGAGUUGCCUGGUGCUGGAGAAAGGUGUUUAACCCCUUCAGCCCAGCUAGAGGGGGACCCUUAGGGUGGGGGGGAAUCUUAACACUCUAUAGUGCCAGGAAAGCUAGUUUGUUUUCAUGGCACUAUAGUGGUCUUUUAAUUUUCUUAGCCUCCAACUAAAGUACGUAUAUUUCAAAAGUAGAAACUGUGUUGAACAGGGAGACAGGUGCCUGUGGUGCAGUAAGCACACGUUUAACUGCUACAUCAUUGCGGGAGCAGGAAGAGUAAGUCAGUAAUUGGUGGGCAUACAAGUGGCUAGCUACAUAUGUAUGCAAGUGAUAACCUGUCCAUUGCAUUACAGUAGACCAGAACUGUUUUCAUAGAUUUUUUGUGACAAAGGCUCAGCAAUGUAAUGUUCUGUAAUGUUACCAGCAAGAAAAUAAGUUGUUAAAGCUGUAACACAGCACUUAGUCUCUGAAUCCUUAUGCACUUAAGCACUCGCAGUCCCCUGUGUUUAAAGUUAUAAUAGCUUUCUAGACUGAGGAUUCAGAGUAUAAUAAUCCUCUAUGUGGAUUCUUGGUGAUAGCGUAGUCAGUUGUACACGUGGAAUCCCUAAAUCAGUGAUAGGCAACAUUUGGCACAGAUGUGGACUUCAUGUCCUCUGAUGCUUUUCCAUCAUUAUGGCUGUAAGAGAAUAAAAGAUGAUGCAUUCCACAACACUUGGCAUGUUCUAGGUUGGCUACACGUGUCCUCUAUCAUGUUUCAUAUCACCAAAUAAAAAUGGUAAUUUGUUUUGUAAUAUUAGUAUUUAUCUUUUCCUUGCAGUUUCAAGCUGUUUCAAAACUCUUCUUCGGUUCCUCCAGCAUAUGUAGAAGAUCUCAAUAAGGUCUUAGAGAGGGCUCUGCAAACAGUGGAAUUGGCCAGUGAGACAUGGCUAGUUACUGGACGUCACCCUAUACCUAUCGUUACAGCAGCUGCCUAUGUUUCCUGGCAGUCUUUGCAACCAUCCACGCGUUUGUCAUGUACAUUUGUCCGCUUCUGUAAAUUAUCUGAUGUGGACUUGCCACCUCCAUCAAAGAAGAGACUAAAAGAAUUUCAUGAAAUCUUCCUUAAGUUGGCCAACCAGCUUCCCUGGCUGAAAAUGCUUUCCCUAAAUAAGAACACUGUAGUGCGCCACCUAGGUGACAUCCUGAAGCACCGUUCGUACCUUCUGAGACAGGCGCUAGCAGCCACAGAGACUGUCAAGAUGUCCACAGAUUCUGAAACUUAUUCCACCACUGGGAAGGCAAGCCAAUCAUCUCCGUUUCUUCCACCAUGUAUCACAAACCCUCAGAAAAGAAGCUACCGAAUGGCAUUCCCUCCGGGCCCUCAGAAUCUUACAGGGGAAGAGGAUAUCUCUGAUAGCGAGAUUGAGCAAUACUUAAGGACACCAAGUGAAAUUGAGGAAUUUAAACAUGCCCUUGCUCAGGUACCUAGUGUUUAAUAUGAUGCACGGUAAAAAAAAAAAAAAUUUUUUUUUUUUCUUUCGAUGGCCAUAUUUUUACCUCAAUUCCAGAAUAUCUCAAAAGGAUUUUUUUUUUUUUUAACAAAAUAAAUGAUUACAGUAACAAUGACAUUUUGAAUAGUUUAUAUAUUCAACUAGAGUUUUUCUUGAAAACAGAUGUGUUAAAGGGACUCUCCAAACCACAAAAACACGUAAAGGGACACUCCUGAACCGUAAAUCAUUUCACUUCAGUGAAGUUUGUGUGUCCUAAUUCAUUGUUCCAUUUUGCAAAAAGUGCAGAUUAAAAUAGAAAUUGGCACUUUUUAAAUUAACCUUGUUGCACCCUCCUGGCCGUCAGAUAUUUUUUUUUUUUUAAAUGAAUUUAUGUGGGCCAACUUGGUAACACCUCCCAGCUGUAAGUCCAUAGGUUAGUAUUAGUUUAUGCAUGGCUAUGAGAAGCAUUUUACUGGGCAUUUCCAUCACUUUUUUCUAGAUACCCUUGUCUCAGAUCGUUUAUACUGGGGUAGAGCAGCAAUGAGAGCUCUCAAAGCUGGAUAAAAAGAAGUACAUUUUAUUUUCGGAGGGGUUGCCGGCUUUUGAAGGGUUAGAGAAACAUUCCAAAUGAUUACCCAAUAUAUAGAAAAGAAAUCAAAAAAACUAAAAAUGAAAGGAAUUGCAGCUGGUAGAAGUGGGAGAGUGGGGUUAGGAAGAGGUAUGGGGAACAAAAAUAGUAAUCGUGUGAGGAUGACAAUGGGUCGUCAAUGUGUUCAAUGCUUUUGUAGUUGACCAAAAUACACACUUCAAUCUUGCCAGCUCUUUAAUUUUACACAAUACAUAUAUGUGAACCACACUGUUCUGAUUAUUCAGACUAAAUGUGCAGCUCCUGAAGAUGAUGGGGGGAAAAUGCAGUAGAGUGACAAAGAAAUAAUUGGCAUAAACUUUAUGCAAGAGAUUUUCUAGCAGUAGUGACAAGGGCCACCAAAUAAAGUCCAGGUACCUGUUUCACUUAACCUGUAGACAUAGAAAAUGGGUGACUAUCAAGUGUAGUGUAGCCAUAGUCUUACAGGAACACAGCGCUGAGGUCCUUUGGUUUUUUUCCCUUUUUUUCUAGUUGUCCAAAAACAGAUGAAUGUAGAUAUCUGUAGUUGAGCUGUACUCCCUGGACUAUUCUGAGCUGUCUUCAUUAGUAAACGCAUUUUGUGUUUCUCAUUAAAUCCUGUUUGUGUCCAAGAAACUGUUGCCAGCACUAAUGCAUGCACACUGUUAUGUGACACAGCCGUUUUAUUCCAUUACUUUUGUGCGGGUGUGUGGGCUAGCUGAUUCUUGUCAUACUUUGGUUUAUGCACUAAACACCAUAUUCUAGCAAAUGGAAAACCCAAAUUGCAAAAAUCAGUCUAUGUAAAUUAAACCUUAGCAUUGCUCUAACGUUGUUGUAGUCACAGUUUUGCUAUUUUAAUCCAGGAUGGAGAUCACAGGUUUGCUUUAUAGAAAUACUGACAUGACAUCUCCUAUUUACUUACAUGUAUACAGAAUAUACCCUUAAUGUUCCCUAUGUAAGGGCACCUUGGUUAUGUUGUACAAACAAGAUACAAAGUAUACAUUCACUUUAUUUGAUUUGAAAACUAAUAUAUUUUUUUAUUAACAAAAUGAAAAUAAAUCAUUAAAAUGGAAAACAGACUUUGGACAUUUCUUUGGUAUAGCGUUACGGUUGGUUCUUCAAAAGGAGAGCGGCUAACUGAAUCAACAUCUGACACUUUGCACUGUUGUUUGUCUCAUAAAUAUAGAUUUAGAGGUAACUGUACACUUAACCCUAUUCAUACAGGUUUGUUGCAAGCAUUUUAACCUUGUGUUUUCACUUGGCUUUUGAAGACCAAAAAUACUUUAAAAGCACAGCAAUAAAAAAUGUUUGUCAGUUCUCAACAAUCUAAUACUUGCAGGAAAAAUAUGUAUUAAGUGCAUAAUGCAAGUAUUAUCCUAAGGUUCAUAUGUGGACUAAAAUAAGAAUGAUUGAUUGUUGGGACUCCGUUACUGUAGAUUCAUAUGGCACAUGUUAUCUAGAUAUUAAGAGCGAUAGGUCAUUAGGGAGACUGGAUCACCAGUAUACCCUUUGCAGACAUUUGAUGACUGACUCAUGCUUUGAAAUGUGAAUGAAUCUGAGUAGAUUGUUUUAUUAACAAUCGAAUGUAAUACUAGAUAACUAAUUGCCAGUGCAAUAAAGAAUGCUGUUGAUACUAACUUCUUGAUCAGACCUAAUUGUGGUACUGCAGCACCAUAACUUACAUUAAAUAGAAGGUAUCUUUUUGAAAUUUACUUUUACUUCAGUCCAAGGUAUACUACCUUGGAAACAACCCACAGUGGUGUAUAAUUUUGGCACUAACCUUAUGAUUGCAUCACUUACUGGUAAGUGGUAAUGUUUCUCUUUCACAUCAUCAUUUCUGCAAAACUGUAUCAUCAUUCUCUUUCUGCCAUACAAAAUGUAACUAUUACCAUGAAGGGAUUGUAUAAUAAGACAAUUGCUUUUAUUGCAAUAUUAAGGGAAUGCAAAAUAUUUAUACUGGCCAGACCUUCACAGUCCCGUGUGAUACAUUUUGCGUUAUCCUAGUCUGGCUACAGUUCGAAUAUACAUUUCAUAUAAAUACAAAUAAAAAUAUCUUAUAAAGCAUUAAACAAAUAGUUUUUGGCACCUGGUAGGUAAUAAACACCCCAUUUCCCUGCUUUACUUUUGGUCUUUGACGUAUAUUUUUCAUGUUGUUACUACAAAUAUUUGAGUUAAAUAAGAGGCCUAUGAAACACAAGUCAACAAGACUGUCACAAUAUGUUUUGCCCACACAAAAUUAACAGGCAGAAUAAUACUAAAUAAUGAAAGGAACAUUCCCGAUGUUAUAUAACGGGUAUGUUCAAGCUUGACACACUUGCUGUUCUCAAACUAUAAUCCCACAUUUGUGGUUCCUCACAGGUGCCGAGAAAUAUGAGACUUUCUUUUCAUUAAAAAUAAAAUCUGGGGAGUAAAAUAUCAAGGGAUUCCACUUCAGUAUGAGCUUCUUUAACAGAAGCCGGAACUGAAAAGAAUUUAAAUAUCUAGGAAAAAAAUACUUUAAAGGAACACUAUAGUGUCAGAAAUACAAAUGUUUUCCUGACAAUAUAGGUCUAAAUAGCCAUUUACGCUUCUAGCCCCACUUACUUGCGGUUAAAAAGGUACCACUGGUCUGGUCGUGGCUGACUUCGUCCUCUUGGCUUUGCAAUAGAUAAGCAUUAGGAAGCGAUCGUGCAUGUGUGGCAAAAAGCCGCUCUGCGCCAAUGAGCAUCUCCCCAUAGAGAUGCAUUGACCCAGGAAGCACCUCUAGUGGCCAUCUGAGUGACUGCCACUGGAGGUGUCCCUGGCCAGUAAUGAAAAGGCAGUGUUCAAAUUAAAAUGCCAGGGCAGGCUAUAUAUGCCAGAACUAUGGCAUUAAGCUGUAGGUCUGCUGACAAUGUUAUCUUUAUAAGUGUUUUUUUUUUUUUUUUUUGCUAUACUUUUUAAUGUGGGUACUAGUUGCAUUUUUAUACUUUAGGCAGAUAGCAUAAAAAGAUUUAAAUGUCCAAUAUUGUAGAAACCAAGAAGUGAGUUUUCUCAUCCAUUCUUGGUCAUCCCAGUAUUUUAUUUUACAACAGUGAUGUGUAUAACUAACUAUUCAACACAUGCACAGCAGUCCUAAGUUUAAAAAAAAAAAAAAUCUUGAAUAAAUUAAUUGAUCAAGCUAUGCACAAGUGUUUUUUGUAGGAACUCUCACAGAAAGCAUAUGCAAGUCAUUUAGGAGGUGUACCUCAUACAUGCUCUUGUACUGUAGAAAACUUAUACUCCUGUGCCACCACAAAUUAUGGAUGUAGGUAUUGUCUGCAACCAUUUUUGCAAAUACCUGCAGCUGCAUGGGAAAGUAAGAAUGGAUACAAUGACAUGAUGCUCUGUGUGCGAAGAACAUUUGUCAUUAUGGUGCGGGUCAGCAUAAAGCAUAUUAAAGUCAAACUAAAUGAAACUAUUUUUCUUUAAGUAUAUCAUAUUCCACUGUUAGAACUUGUAAGGCACUUUUACGUAUCGAGUGUUAAAGGGACUCUCCACUGCCCAAACAUUUAUAAAAUAAAAAUCACUGUUUAGUAUGUAUGUUGGGAAUGAAAACAUGCAUGCAUUUAUUUUUUUUAUUGGAGUAUAUCUAAACCGGUUUCAAAAGCAGCAGAUCUCUUGUCUGCAGCCUUUGCAAGCCCUCCUAACCAUCAAACACUAUGUGGUUGUCCAAUUACAGACUUCUCAAUGAGAAGUCUUUGCAAAGCUGGGGCUCUGAGCAAUUGCUGCCUCUUGAGUUUUGCUCCAUUCAGUUACACUUCCUGGAGGUAACAGGAAUAGCUGUGAAUUUCUACUGAAAUCUGCACUUUUUGUAAAAUGAAAAAAAGGACAUACAUAAAACACUUUAGCAAGGGCAAGCUGAAGUGCUCUAGGGGUCUGGAGUGUCCCAUUAAGACUUGUUUUAAAUUGACAUGUAAUCACUGCAUCAACACUCAGCAAUAUACAACAUACAAGAGGUCAUCCAUUGAGAUUGGAAGAAAGGUGUUUUGCUUACAGCAGGGGAAAGGAUUAUUUUGAGUAAGAACAAUAAAGAUGUGGAGUUUUCUACCAAAAAGGUUUUCUUAUCAGAUUCUAUGGAUAUAUAUUUAUAUAUAUAUAUAUAUAUAUAUAUUUUUUAACUGCAUAAAUUAAUGGUUUUUAGGGUUGACCUGGAUGGACUUUAGUAUCUUUUCUUUUUUUUUUUUUUUCUUUCAACCUAUACAACUGUGUAAUGUAGCUGGUGUUCUGCUGGAAUUGCAGUAUAUUGGUGGCCCUUUAGUAUUUGUUUGACAUUCAGAGUCUAAGGAUUCUACCAUACUCCUAUCUGACUGAUUUAAUACGGUUUGUAAGUAGAAAUGUCUGGAAAUAUUAACAAUCCCUGUCUACACAGCUUUCCAUAUACACUUUACUGUAUAACUGCCCGUUUGGGUGUCUGAAGCACACAUAUGUCAUAUGUACACUUUUUAUUUUGUUUAUACGUUAAAAAAAAUUCCUUGCCAUGCUUUUAACAGAAAAAUAUGUGCAGAGUUCUCAAAAUUGAUUCUCAUCAUUCUAUACAAUAUUCAAUAUAAUUCUAUAUUUGAAAAAUAAACAUUUUACUCUUUUAUAACAAAAUACGCAUAGACCAUGCAGAGGUGAUUUAAGAACAGGAAUCUUUGCCUGUGAUAAACAUUGUCUGUGUGGAUAGUACCAAGGUGCACACAUUUGCAUACUUGUUCCGUAGUCCAUCAUUUGUCUUUAUACACAACAAGAUUUAGGCACUAGGUUUAUUCCUCUAGAUGUGGAAUUUGAUGAAGAAAAAUACACAUCCCUGGAACAUUACUCAUAGAGCUAAUUAAAGCGCUCCACGGACAUUGGACCCAAAGCAAUUUGUGGACAUUAAAAAAGUUAGGGUUUUGACAAGUAGCAGUGUUUUGCAAGAUGUAAUGGGAAUGAAGUAGGCAUUAACACACUAGAUUCUUGGAGAUGUUUGUAAAGAAGGAAUUCUGUUACUAGUGCUCAAAAAGACCAGGUGAGUUUAUUACAAGGCACUUGUGUUCAUGAUGAGACUGGGGACUUUUUAAUCAUGCCAUAACAAGAAAAGGGUGAAUGAAUGAUAGUAACUAGACUCCAAUUGAGAACGUGGUCACCAGUAUUGUUGCAUAGACCAUUGAGAUAUAUAUAUGUAAUAAUAAUAAUUCUGGAGGUUUGCAUGAUGCAAACUGAGGCUGAAGUACUUUUCAAGCAAAAAAAAAAAAAACACGUGUUCUCAACUGGACUGAAGCCAGAGCUGUAACGAAUCUACUAAAUGAGAUCCUUCAUGUGUUUACAUAAAUUAUCUGAAAUAUUGAUAACAUUCAUUCAAGCAAAAAUCACAGACAUCAAACCAAUAAUUGAAAAUUGGUGUACAUCUGUGUGCUCUUUUCCCUUAUACAACCAAAUACACCUUGGCACAUCUUCCCUGUUAUAAUGAGGAACCAAGUCAUCUCCACCAACCAAUGUUUAAGCCCAAGCUGUGACUGGGGAGAGCCUCUUUUCCUAGCAUAUGUUUAGGUGUACUGUGGAGUCACUUCUGUAUAUGACAUUUAAGGCACCUGCCAUUAAUGCCUAGGUACAAACUACACAGUAGUUUCACUUUUCCAGAGGCCUGUCUUCAUGGUUGCUGAAGUCUCUGUAGUUGCAAGAUUGAUGUCAUAUUUGCUACCCUUAAGGACACCAUUCUGGUUCGCAGUGUUAAGUGGGUAUGAUCUGCGUUUGGUCUCUCUUUCCAUGCUGUUAGCUUGUUUAAGGUUGUCACGACUUGGACUUUUCCUCUGGGCCUUGGCAAAGUCCUGUGUCGGGUGCCCACUGCUAUCACUCCCUUCAGACUGAGUCAAGCCUCCUUCUGGAUCCCUAGCUUCUCCCCCUGUCCUUCCGUUGUUUAAAGGGCUAUUCCUGCUGUUGUAGCUUUCUGAAUGGCUGUUAUGGAUACUGCCACUCUCACUAGAAGGCUGCUCUGAAGUGGGGCCACGCAGGACUUUUAACCUAUGGUGUUUACCUUCUCUAUACUGUUUGCUUCUGCUCUUAUGAUUCCUGCGCCCAUGAAGGUUAUUCAUGUACCUGCUGGGUACAGUUACAUUUUUGUUAUUGGCAGGUUCACUAUCUUCACAGCUGGCUGGUUUGGGUGAGCAGCUCUCCACCUGAUUCUGGGCCAGCUGCAAGUUUGUGAUUUUACAGGGUCCAUUAUUAGAGUUACUGCUGCUACUCGGUGAGGACGACAACUUGACAGAAUUAGCCGCCUCUGUAUUACAUCCAGCGUAGACUUGAGGAGAAUCAUAUACGGGUGACCCAGCGUGGACAUAUGCUUGCAUUGGUAAAGGUUCUGUGUGAGAUGGACAGCAAGAAAACCAGGAGCGCUGAACAUCUUCUCGUCGUACACAAUGGUGAAUGAAGAUGAAAAGUCCUAGAGCAACUGCUAUAACUCCAUAGAAGCAGCUGAAUAUUAUAUUGAAAUACCAAUCCUGUGACACAGCCAAAGCCCCAAAAAUCCAGAGUACAAUAUACAGAACAUGGACGAUCACUAGAGCCCAGAACUGUACAGCCAGAGAAUACACUGUGUCUACAUCUGCUGGUGGGGAUGCAGAAUUGAUGGUGACAGAUAUUGAGCUUGAAUCAGUCAGCAAGUGGCUAAUGCCACCAGGUGGCUGCUGAGGUUCAAUGGGUUCCGGAAGAUCUUUCUGUUCUGGUGGUUGCCGCUUUAAGUUUAUUCCAGCGCACAGUAGAUAAAUCCAAGUUACGAGGAGUAUAAGGGCAGCUGGGACAUAAAAAGCACCAAGGCUUGGCAUCCAUACCAAACAGCAG